AUGCCGAUGAAUCCUCGACAACGCGAGCGAAAGUUGCGCAGGGAUCCGAUGGCUAAAGUCCUCAGUGAACUGCACGUAGAAUGCAAGCAAUGCGGGCAACGCAUUAAGCUUUCCCCAAAGAUGGCGUACGACCCUAUACACUGGGUUACACACAAGAAACGUUGCAACAGGCGCUUCCUAUUGGACCGUCAGGCCAACUUGAAGGGGAAACGAAGGAUCAGACCAACGGCCUCUGGCACCCAUGGCUCAGGCCCAACUAAGAGGUCGUCUCCCUCCCCCCCGCCAUCCACCCCUGUGCCUCCGUCCGGCAUAUACAGCGACAGUCCACUGUCGUCUCCGCCUAGCAGCCCGGCCAACAGCGCCCUCGCGCGAGUGGAGGCGCAUUCGCCUCCACCACCAGCGACAUACGAAACAGGCAUCCAGGACCCUAGUCCCAGUCCCCCACCGGCAUACUAUGCACCUCGGUCGAUGCCCUCCAUCUACUUCCGAGCCAACAGCGGCCGUCCGACGCAUCCCUCGGCGCUGGCGGACAAGAUGCAGCGGGCAGUAUGGACUUGGGAGGGUCAUCUUCUCCAAGGCCAUAACUCUACUGGCACCGAAGGCGAGUUUAUUAUCUUCCACCCCAUCGUCUUCCCGCCCGCGCCUGUCUUGAGUGCAUCGUUCCCAAGCGCCGACUCGGACAGCUCAGAAGACGUCCAAACCAAGCACGAAGCGGCCAUUACCUUGGCUUUGCUGGCCUUCACCGUUUGA